AUGCUCAUGCUCUCUCCUUCCUUUUGGUGUUCUAAAUUUCACUGCCAUCUCACUGGAUCUGAACCUUUUCCAUGGCAGGGUGCAGACUCAUCUGAGCGUGUCAUUGCUCCCAUGCGGUGGGGCUUGGUCCCGUAUUGGUUUAGGGAAAGCGACCCUUCCAAGCUGCAGUUCAACACUUCCAACUGUCGCAGUGAUACCAUAAUGGAGAAACGGUCCUUCAAGGUGCCUCUGGGAAAGGGAAGACGCUGUGUGGUCUUGGCAGAUGGAUUCUACGAGUGGCAGCGAUUUCCGGGAGUAAGCGAGACGCAGCCGUACUUCAUCUACUUCCCCCAGGUCAAAACAGAGAAGUCAGACAAUGCCGGUGCUGCAGACAGUCCUGAGGACUGGGAGAAAGUCUGGGACAACUGGCGGCUGCUGACAAUGGCCGGGGUCUUUGACUGCUGGAAGCCCCCGGAUGGGGGAGACUCCCUGUACUCCUACACCAUCAUCACAGUGGACGCCUGCACAGGCUUGAAGAACAUCCACCAGAGGAUGCCAGCCAUAUUAGAUGGAGAGGAGGCAGUCUCUAAAUGGCUGGACUUCGGUGAGGUCUCAACUCAAGAAGCGCUGAAGCUGAUCCACCCCACAGAGAACAUCACCUUCCAUCCGGUGUCUUCCCUGGUGAACAACUCACGAAACGAUGCCCUUGAGUGUCUGGUUCCCGUCAACUUGCUGGUCAGAAAGGAGCUCAAGUCAAGUAGCAGCAGCCAGAAGAUGUUGCAGUGGCUGGCCACAAAGUCACCCAAAAAGGAAGGCCCCAAAACACCCCAAAAGGCAGAAUCAGAUGUGCCCCCGUGGUCCAGCCAGUUCCUCCAGAAGAGCCCAGUGUCCCCCAAGAGAGGCAGUGCAGGACUCCUGGAGCGGUGGCUGAAGCGGGAGAGGGAGGAGGAGCCCGAGGCCAAGCGGCCGUGCACUGAGUAGGGCGGAGCGUUCCGAGACCAGGCCCGGUGUGCUGCGCUUUUUCAGUACGCUGUGGAGGCGGGCGCCGGCGCGGUCUGUGGGUUUGCUUGGGAGGAGCUAGCACAGUGUGGGUGAACAGUGGUGGCUUCUUGGGGGAGUAGCUGUCCUGGCUGUGACCCAAAUGCAGUGGGGCUGUGGGGCAGCCUGAGAGGAGGGAGGGCCACCACCGUCCCCUCGUGGUGUGUGCCCACAGCCCUCUCCUGGUGGGAUGGUGGAUCCGACCUGGUGCUGCCAGCAGAGGCUGUUUUCUGCUCAGCCUUUGGGCUCUUCCAGCCUUUUGGAAUUAAGUUCUUAAAACAUUGUGCUUUUUUCCUGUGUACAUUAUAUUUGAUAAACUGCGUACAUUUCAGAAAAUGCUGCUGGUGGGAGGCAUUCUGGAUCUGUUUCCUGGCAUCAGCCCUAGGGAAUGGAUUUUGUCACAGAUACGGGGCACUGGGGCUUUCUGUGGACAAAACUUCUUUGGAAACAAUAAAAAGGCUUGAUGAGGGGCUCUUUGUUGAGUCUCU